CGUAAAACAGCAAUAAAAACAAAACCAGUUGCAAUCAACUACUUUUCAACUCAUGGAGACUCUAUGUGUUACAGAGUAGAGCUGUGCUCUAUAGGAUUAUCUUUGCUGUAAUCUUUACAGAAGCAGACCACCAGUAUUUCUUCUACAGAGUCAUUCAGUCAGUUCAAACCGCCAACAUUUCUGUUAGUAGUGGAGUGCAUACUGUUUUCACCACCCAGCAUCCUUCAAAACAACUAUAUUCUUCCUCAAAACAUUUUCUCUUUGUGAGAAAACCCUGGACUGGGAGGAUUCUUAUUCUCAUUAGAGAUAGUGCUCCAUAUAUAUUAUUUUGUCUUUUUUUUUAAGUGAUGCUGAAUCAAACCUCAGUCACUGAAUUUCUCCUCCUGGGAGUGAUAGACAACCAAGAACUGCAGCCUUUUCUCUUUGCAGUUUUCCUCACCAUCUACUUUAGCAUUGUGGUUGGGAAUGGAGCUAUCCUGAUGAUUGUCGUCUCUGAUCCAAGACUUCAUUCACCUAUGUAUUUCUUCCUGGGAAACCUCUCAUGCCUUGAUAUCUGCUACUCCACAGUGACACUGCCAAAGAUGCUAGAGAACUUCCUCUCUACACACAAAGCAAUUUCUUUUGUGGGAUGCAUAAGCCAGCUUCAUUUCUUUCACUUCCUAGGCAGCACAGAGGCCAUGUUGUUGGCUGUGAUGGCCUUGGACCGCUUUGUGGCUAUCUGCAAACCUCUUCGUUACACUGUCAUCAUGAAUCAUCAGCGCUGUACCCAGAUGGCUAGUACAACCUGGGUCAUUGGGUUUUUCCAUGCCCUCCUACAUUCCAUAAUGACCUCUCACUUGAACUUCUGUGGCUCCAACCAAAUCCAUCACUUCUUCUGUGAUAUCAAACCAUUGCUGGAGUUGGCAUGUGGGAACAUUGAACUCAAUCAAUGGCUGCUCAAUACUGUCUCAGGAACCAUUGCUAUGGGCCCCUUCUUUCUCACACUUCUCUCCUAUUUCUACAUUAUCACCUAUCUCGUCUUCAAGACCCGUUCUUGCAGCAUGCUUCACAGAGCAUUGUCUACCUGUGCCUCCCACUUCAUGGUAGUCAUUCUUCUCUAUGCUCCUGUUAUCUUUACCUAUAUUCGUCCUGCCUCAGGCAGCUCCAUGGAUCAGGAUCGGGUCAUUGCCAUCAUGUACACUGUGGUCACUCCUGUACUAAAUCCACUGAUCUAUACUUUGAGGAACAAGGAAGUCAAGAAGGCUUUAAUCAGGGCAAUCAGAAAGGAGCUAUGA